UGGGCCCUGGAUGUGGGAACAUGACAAUUAGUAUAGGAUUUGGGGAUCAGUGACAUUUGUUUUUUAUUCCUCUUUCUGGUCAUUUUUUACCAAACACUCUUCUCCUGAGAGUCAAACCAGAUCAAUGAGAUUCAUUCUCGUGGACCGCAUGUUGUGACUAUACUUUUUCUGACUUUGCCAAAUCUUUUUUUUAAACAUAGGUGGUGAGAACGGUCCUGUCCUCUCAGUAAUCUCUUCAGAGCACCCUCAGGGAUAGAGAGACAUUUUGGAGUUUAUGCAUAUCAGACUCACCACUGGAAUCUCAGCUUGAAGAACCAAAGAAGUUGUUCUGCAAGCCAAAGAACUGUGACAAAGAUUUACCCAUGGAUUAUCAACCCUCGUGAACACCUACUGCCCACUGACUCUAGAUGGGUUCGGCAUUUAAGAAGUUCUGCUGCUGCUGCGCUGGCGACGACGACGAAGAUGAGGAUGAAAAGCAGCCUUUAUUACCCCAGGAUCCGUUGGACUAUUUUAACCAGGAAGUCCGGAAGCGUCGUGAUGAGGAGACCAACCUGUGGAGUGAGCCCGGCGACCGGAGCCACUCAGAGAGACCCGACGACCGGGUCCUUUACGGCCUGCUGCAGGCCAGGACCAAGACCCGCAUGGGGUCCACGGGCUAUCGCCGAAGUGUUGACAUCGAGGCCAUGAGAGACACCUGUCGAGAAGUCAGAGAGAAAUGGAAGAGCAUCCUGGAGAACCUGGGUAAUGCUGGACAGAGGAGGGUUUCAUGGCUGAAUGUGUCUGCUGGAGCCUCACAUGACUGUAUGCGUAACGCCCCGGCAGCACGUGAGCUGCUGCACAUGCUCCACACGGAGACGUCGGUCUUUUCCAGAAGAGAGCCACCUCCAGAAAGAUACCUCCUCAUCCUGGACCGUCUCCUGUAUCUCGAUAUAGCUGAAGAUUUUUUGGCGAAGGCAAAGCGCUUCUACCCUCCAAAUGAGGAUUCUGACGAGGAGGCGCCGGGCCUGGCCAUCAACCUGCCGCUGCUGAUGGCCAGGGUAGAGGCCAUGAACGGAAGAGCCACUGAAGGAGAUGAGAGCGAGAGAGACGAUUGAAACUUGAGGGACAGACCUUAAGACCUUCUGGCUGCAAUAAUAACACACAGGAGACAGGGGGCAGUAGUUAUCUACCCUGGAGUCCUGGAUGAAGCAUCGCUCUCCCCUUCUCGUGUCUGUUGCUGCUUCUUGGAAGUUUUAGGCUGACAAUUAAUUUCUCCUGCACCAACGACCCAUCUUGAGUCCUAUUCAGUCAAAAUCUAAAAGGGCUCUGCAGAUCUUCUGGUGAAUGUUACCAUGGCGACCUUUUUCACAGAAUGAAUGACUUCUUCGCCUGUUCAUUGUUCAGCUGUUGUGAACCUUCAGGGUAGCAAUGUUCCUUCGGGUAGAGCCUCUUUAUGUUUCGUCCUAUGAUUAUCAGCACUUAUAUUAUUCAAUCACAUGACCGGUAACGAGACUGAAUCAAUAGUCCAGUGUGUCAGAUUUGUAUGUGUGUUUCUAUAAAUGAUACUUUUAACCUUGUUGAAGUUUGCAUUUGGCUUUAGACAUUUUGGGAAAUAGCAGAUAGACAAACAACAUGAUAGCCAACAGAAGGCUGAACUCUUAACAUUUUUCUGUAGGCUAUGUGACUUUUAGGUGAAGCGUGUGGGUGUUUUUCCCUCUGUGUGAAAUGUGAAGGAUUUCUAAGCUCAUGUGGAAGUUUGCGUAUUUUUUCCGGUGUCCAGUUAAUGAUGAAAUAAAUUUCUAAAGUCUGAGGAGUGUCAGGUUAGUAGGCUAUGAUGGAUUUCCUGGGGCCGGCUCAUGUGAAGUGCUACAAGCCUCCAUAAACACAAUUUGCAUAACUAUCUGCCAUCCGAGCAGCGAUUUCACGGAAACUGUGGCAAGAGAGCAACAUUCUUCCGCAGUGGAAACAGGGGGAGGGGGGGGGGGGUCUUUAGUCUGGUUCCAUGUGCCCUCAUGUGGCCUGACGUCAGCGCAUGGCUUACAGAGAUACCUCCAAUCCUGGCCUCGUGCUGCCUGACCGGACCGCCGGGACCAGACUGGGUUGCAAGUUGGAGUUGAUGUUGUUGCUGUAGUUAUGUAAAAAAGACACUGCUGAGAGCAACCUGCUGGCACUCUCUCUCUCUCUCUCUCUCUCUCUCUCUCUCUCUCUCUCUCUCUCUCUCCAGUAUGAAGCACAAGUGUCAAGAAAGUUCACUUUGGCCUCGGGUUCUUGUAACUGUUGAGCUGUGUAGGACUCUUUAUUCUCUCAACUGUAUUCUUUUGUCACAUAAUUUAAUAAAAUUGUUUGCACGUUCACCACA